UAUCGGUGUCAUUGUUAAGUUGCAAAACCUUGCGGCCGUGUGUCCUUUGGACAAACAGACUCGUCCCUCCCCUCUGCGCACAUUUAUGAUACAGUAGGCACCACCGGACCAGGUAGAAGUGAGGGUGACAAAGAGAGACGGCCGAGGAGCGAAGAGGAAGGACGAAGGGAAAAGAUCCACAAAGACAAUAUCGGACAAAGUCGGAGAGAAGAUGCUUCCGCGGCUGGUUUUGGUCUCGCUGCUCAGCCUCGCGUGGACAACAGUAAGUGGACAGCUGUGCACUGAGAUGUUUCCUUCUCAGCCUCCUCCCUCAACUGUUGACAGUGUCCGGCCCUCCGAUGUGGCCGUGCUUUCCUCCGUUGGACUUCACAUGCACAGCAAUGAGCUGUCCAGAAUGGCAUCAAGAUUCCGAGAGCUGAUGACCCUGUUCAAUCCUGCACUGAUCAGUCCCGUCUCAGAUGAAACAAGCUUCUAUGCCCCUCAGUUUGCUCAACAAAGGACACUGGUGGAGCAGGCACAGGACGUAUCCCUCUACCUCCAGGACAACAAGGUCGCGGAUGCAGACAGCGACUGGAAGCUGGUGCUUCUCUUUGUUCGGGUGGAUCGGCUCUGUGCCUUCAAGCAGCAGCAGUCUGCUAUCCAGGCAGUGGUUGAAGACGUGGAUGAUGCUCUGCAGUCGCUGCGCUCUCAGCUAAGUCGGACCAUCGUCAGUGUUGCAUUGUGGGACGGAGAGCACGACGCUUUCCAGUACAAGACGUGUUCGUGCAUGGAAGCAAACGGUGAAGGAGAAGUCCGACUUCUGAAGGCCAUGCUGACUCAGUCUCUGCAGGAGUCCUUGGACGAGCUCUUGGUGAAGAGACGCUGGUACGGGGACAGAGACGACUUCACUGUCACUCUGCAGGACCAACCUCUCAUCACAGACGUGUCAUCGGUCGCUAGUGGGAAACCUCUCUCCGAGUCAGAAGCUACGCGGCAAACUGAUAACAUGAUGAUGCAGAUGUGGACAAACCUGCUGCAGCCCUCAGUUGGUCGAGACGACACAGAUGACCGUGGAAAGAUCUUCACAUUGCCAUGUCCAACCAAGGGCCGACCCUUCCUGAGGACGGAGGGAAACUCUCCUUCGUAUCACCCCAGCGAUGUUUCUCCACUCCUACACCCAUUCACAGGAACUGAGAUGACCUGCGAGGACUUGGGCCCCUCGGCCUCCACACCAACCUCAGUCCAUGAACUCAGGCCCGCAGAUAUCAAAGUCGUGGCUGCUGUGGGAGACUCUCUGACGGCGGGGAACGGUAUUGCAUCGAGCCCCAACAACGUCCUGGACGUGCUGAAGCAGUACAGAGGUUUAUCCUGGAGUAUUGGUGGAGAUGACAACCUCACGACCGUCACCACUCUGCCCAACAUCUUAAAGCAUUUUAAUCACAACCUGACGGGCUACUCCCUUGGUAUGGGCAAACAAACCACUCCUCAGGCUUUUCUCAACCAGGCUGUGGCAGGAGCCAAAAGCAAGGACUUACCAUCACAGGUGCGAACCCUGGUGGCGAGGAUGAAGAACGACUCAAGAAUCAAUUUUGAGUCCGACUGGAAGGUGAUCACCCUUUUCAUCGGUGGAAACGACGUCUGUGACCACUGCUACAACUCCCUACUCUAUUCUGAAAAGAAUUAUGUCAGUCAUGUUCAGGAAACCCUGGAUUAUCUGCACAAAGAGGUGCCCCGAGCUCUGGUGAACUUAAUAGAGCCUCUCCAUAUCAUCCCCCUGAGAGAAAUGCACACGGACGCGUCAGUUAAAUGCCCGACCUGGCUGGUAAAUAUUCUGUGUCCUUGCGUUAUCUUGCCGAAGCCCAACUCUGAAGCUCUUCAAUUGCUGGAGGACAUCAACAGAAGCUAUCAGCGCGCACUGCAUGAGCUUGUGGAGUCGAGCCAGUAUGACACUCGCUCAGACUUCACCGUGGUCAUCCAGCCCUUCUUCAGGGAGAUCGUUGUUCCCCGACUGCCGGACGGCCGACCCGAUCGCUCCUUCUUCAGUGCUGACUGCUUCCAUCUCAGCCAGAAGGCCCAGACACAGAUGGCUCGCUCCCUCUGGAACAACAUGCUGGAACCUCUUGGCAAUAAGACUUCCAAACAGGAUUUUUCUGCAGACAUUAACCUGAAAUGUCCAACCAAGUCUUCUCCGUAUAUUCGCACGUAUAACAACAGCAAUUACGUAUACGCUGGUCCCUCCCCAACACCUGGGCCUAUUACAAACUGGGGAAGUGACUUCUCCUGUAUGGACCUUGAGCCGUCGGACACUGUUCCAACUUCAGUUCACAAGCUAAGACCAGCAGACAUCAUGGUGGUGGCAGCACUGGGAGACUCCUUGACGGUAGGCACCGGAGCUAAAGCAAAGAACAUCCUUGGCCUCAAUAGAGAAUAUAAAGGAGUAUCAUGGAGUAUCGGAGGGGAUAAGACUCUUGACACUGUCACAACACUACCGAACAUCUUGAAGAAGUUCAACCCCUCUCUAAGGGGCUUCUCUAAAGACCAGCUGCCUAGACAGAAGGGCUUCAACAUGGCUAUGGCUGGAGCCAAGACCUCAGAUAUUCCGGGACAAGCGCAAGCUCUCAUCAAGGCCAUGAGAGAGGAUAAGGGGGUGGAUAUUGAAAAGGACUGGAAACUUGUGACAAUAUUCGUCGGGGGCAAUGAUCUUUGCCAUUAUUGCACAGACCAAAAUAAUCUGGCACCUAUGAAUUAUAGCCACAAUCUUAUGCUCAGUUUGGACAUGCUUUACAAAGAGGUCCCGAGGCUGUUGGUCAAUGUUGUGGAGAUCUUCGAGAUAUAUCAAUUGAAAACAGUUAAGAAGAACACACUGGGCUGUUCUCUGCUGCAAAGGAUCAGUUGUCCGUGUGUUAUCAACCCAUCCGAAAACUCCCCAGAGAUUGAAGAGAUGAAACGAAUCAAUCUCCAGUACCAGGUUGAGAUGAAGUAUCUUAUUACUGGGGAUCGCUACGAUGGGAAGGAGGAUUUCGCUGUUGUCCUGCAACCAUUUCUACACAAUUCCUUUAUCCCUCAAAUUGGAAAGGGCGAGCCUGACGAGAGUUUAUUCUCAGUCGACUGUUUCCACAUCAGUGAGCGAGCUCACUCGGAGAUGGCCAUCGCCCUGUGGAACAACAUGUUGGAGCCUGAGGGCAAGAAACAGUCGUACAACAACUUCACGCAUGAUCGCUCCAAGAUUCACUGUCCCUCCGAGGCCAGUCCCUUCAUCUUCACCAAGACAAACAGCUUUCAUAGUCUACCACCAGUAACCUCGCCCACCACCUCCAGUCCUACAACAGCCAUCCCUCUGUCCCCAUGCCCCCCCACCAUGCACGAAUGGGUGCCAGUGAUUGUGGGAGUCGUCAGUUUACUGGCUGGCAUUGCUGUCGCCUGGCUUUUUUUCUCCUGCUGUCAACGUCGGAAAAACACAGUGCCAAGAGGAGUAGAGAUGAGGGGAACUAACUUUUAAUGCAGCUGCAGAAAAAAAUAUUGCUAAGUUGUAGAAUAUUUUUUUAUUUUGUACUGCAUAGAAAUUGUGAAAUAGUCUAAGUGCAACUACAUUGACCUCCAUGAAUCGAGAAGUGUUGUGCAUUUUUCUUUGGUCAUUUUAUAUUUAUUGAUGAAAUAAAAAUUUUACAAUAUC